AUGGAGAUGUUGAAGCAGAAAAAGAAAACAACAGGGAGGAAGAGGAUUGAGAUCAAGAAGCUUGAGAAAGAAGCAAACAAGCAAGUCACCUUCUCAAAGCGGCGAGUCGGGAUGUUCAAGAAAGCCAGUGAGCUAUGCAUAUUAUGCAAUGCUCACGUUGCCAUUAUAGUGUUCUCGCCGGCCGACAAGUUGUUCUGCUUCGGAGAACCCAGCACAGAGGCCGUGGUGGAGCGGUACCUGAAAGGAGCGCCAGAUUUUGAGCCAAUAAAGUCCUCCGAAAGGAAGAAACUGAUGUCGUGCGAAGAGCAUAACAGAAAAUACGAAGAGGCGAUGAAGGCGUUGGAGUUGGAAAAGAAGAACAAGGCUGAUGUUGAAGGUUUUGCUAAGGUUUGGGGGAGAGGGGAAUGGUGGAAUGAAGAGAUUCAUGAGAUGAGUGUUGAGCAGUUGGAGCAGUUUUUGGUAGCCAUUUAUGAAUUGAGGAGUAGGCUUCUUCAAAGGGCUGCUGAAAUCAUGAUGAUGCAUGGAAUGUUAUAG